AUGCUUCCAUCUUCAACAAAGUUGUAUCAUGUUACAUCAGAAUGGUCAGAUUCUGAAUUAAGUUUAUUACUAAGUGCGUUAAAGAGAAAUCGUUCAUUUUCAACACGUGAAUUAGCUGAAUUCAUACAGACAAAAAACAAAAGAGAUGUGGAUGAAAAGAAUUUACAGGAUCCACAAAUUACUGUGCCGGAAGUCAAACCUGAAGGAUCAAUUGAUAUUUUAUUACAAAUAACUAGACACAGCUGUACUGAAUACUAUAAUUAUAGUAUGACAUUAAAUGAAGUUCUCCAACGAGCUUCUACGUGGGAAAGUGUAGUGUCGUAA